AUGGUGGAUGUUUGCACAUUUGCCAUGAUCUUCUCAUUGGCUACGAAUGCGGAUGCCUUCGAGGAUGUGAACGAAUGUCUAGUGAACAAUGGUGGAUGUUUGCACAUUUGCCAUGAUCUUCUCAUUGGCUAUGAAUGUGGAUGCCUUCGAGGAUCUGAGCUGUUUGAGGAAAGAAUCUGCAGAGGUAACCUCGACAUCGAUGAAUGUCAAAAUCCCGGAGCUUGCAGUCAAACUUGUAUCAACAAAGUGGGGAGUUAUGAAUGCUUGUGUCACAAAGGAUACCAAAUGGAUCCAGCGAAAGGGAUUUGUAAAGCACUGGGUGAAGAGCCUUAUUUGGUUUUCACUAACCGUCAUGAAAUUAGGAAAAUUGGUUUGCAUAAAAUGGAAUACACAGAGAUUGCAUGGCAAUUGAGAAAUGCUGUAGCUCUUGAUGUAGAUGUUGCAACACAGACCCUCUUCUGGGCUGACUUGACACAGCAAGCAAUAUUUAGAAAUACAGCAUGGUGGCAUGCCCUUCCAGCCCAACAAACCCACGCUGCUCAAUUACACGCUUGUGACCAAUUAACCUACUAACACGAG